AUGGCGGGUCUGACAGCUCAGCUCAGCGACACCCUAGUCGGGUCAGCUUCAUCGGCCCGUACAGGCUGCUCCGUCAGCCUUCGUUCGCAGGUUGUAUCGACGAGUCGCGCCGUCUGCUCACCCUCCUCGUUCCUAGGACUGCGAAGACGGGUACUGCCAACUGUGACCCCGCGAAUUGCGGAACGACUCUCCUCUCGUCCUUCGCUCUGCUCGAAAUGGCGACUCGGCGUUUCCGCUGCAUCCGCCGCAUCCGACGGCGGAAGCGGCUCUUAUAGCAACAGCUCCCCCGAGGAUGCCGGAAAGGUCUCACCUGCGUCAGCUGCAAAAUCAGUGGGAACAGUCUAUAGCGGGGAUGCGGAUGCAGCAGCGGCGACUUCUAGGGCCAGUCGGCACCGUCCCGGGCAGAUGGAAUUUGUUCCGGGGCAGAAGGAGUUUCGUCCCACAAGAAACAGAGUGCUGGCAAUAGCUGCAGUGGCGCUCCUCCUCUUCCUCAACCGUCGCUGGCUACUCUCCGAGCUCAUCCGCUCCUCCCUUCUCAUCCUCUCUCUCUUCACCGCUGCCUGCGGCUCCACCGCCGUCUUCCUUGUCUUCCUCGCACACUCCCUCCUCCUCCUCCUCCCAGACCCCAUCCUUACUCCCCUCUCCAUCCUCCUCUCUAUCAUCGCAUCUGGUGCCGAGUUCCUCUAUUAUGCCAUACUCGCUCAAUUUGACGUUAUGCCAGUCGGGCCAGUUAUCCUGAACUCCCUUCUGGUUACCGCAGUGGUUACUGUAGCACAGCGAUUUGAUUCUGACCCGGAGAGGCUAAAUGGUCCACUGUGGCUCGCUGGGUCAGCAGCUGUUGGACUCGCGACAGGUGUCAUUCCGCCAUUGGUUUUCCUGCUUAUCCUGACCAUCCUCACUGGGUCUUCUGCCGUUCUGGCGGCGAUUGCCGGAGCAGCAGAGAGCCUUGUGGUUCGUCUGCUAGUGGUGGGGGUGUAUGCGAUGCUUGCUGUGUGGCUGCACCAUUCAGGAAAAAUCACCUUCCAAAGUGAGCCUAGUACUGCUGUAGCAGCGGCAGCACGAGGGAAGCAUGGCAAGACCUGGAAGCUUAAACCGAUGAGCAUGAUUCAAGGGCUCAUGGCGUUUGUUGGGCUGGUGGCUGUGAUGCGGUGGGGCAACAGUGCCUUUCUUGCAUGGAUGGUGCUCUGA